AUGCCUGGGCACGCCGCGUCGUUGGGCGCCGCGUUGGACCAUCCGCAGCCCGGCUUAAGAGAAGCCGCGUUGAAGGAGCUGAAACGCGGCGGGUCGAGCGCCAAGACGAUGUCCUCGGGGACGGUCCUCGCGGGCGCGCUGUUACGCCGCGUGUCCGACGACAAACCGCGCGUCGCCGCCGCGGCCGCGGGGCUCCCCGGCGUGCGCGUCGCGAUCGGCGACGACGACGCGCUGUUCGACGCCGCGAGCGAGAGGCUGAACGUCGCCGCGGCGAAGUGCGCGGGGAAGACGCCCGAGGCGGAGCUCGAACGCGCCGUCGCGAAACGCUGCGUGAAACUCCUCGUCGGCGUGUUGUCCACGCCGCCGAGACGGCCCGGAGCGGCGGGCGGCGAGGGUGCCGAGAAGAGUGCCGAGAAGGGUGCCGAGGAGAGCGACGCCGAGGAGAGCGACUCCGAGGAGAGCGACUCCGAGGCGAGCGUCGAGGCGGCGGCGGACGGCGCGGCGGGGCCGCUCGCCGGGCGCGCGGCGGCGACGGCGUUCGCGCACGUUUUGUUUUCGCCGUCCACGAGAGCGGUCGCGCGCGCGGCGCUCGACGCCGCGGCGCGUAACCCGCACCCGCUGCUCUGGAAGUUUCGCGAGAAGGCGUUUCAGAAGGCGGUCGCGGAAGCUCAGUCGAUCGGCGGCGCGCCGACGCCGGACGCGAAGGCGUCGAAGAGGAAAAGUUUAAAGAAGGAAAAAGAAGUAGAAGCGAAGGACGUCGACGCCGCGGCGCAGAAGGAAGCGAGGGCGCGCAGCGACGCGGCGGUGAACGCGCUCGUGAUCACCGCGCUCGCGGAGGGAUUGAGCGCCUGGAACGACGUCGACGCGAUGACGCUGUGGGUGAAAGAGACGUGGCGCGACGGCACGAACCGCGCGCGAGGGACGCUGCUUCUGUCGCUGCGCGAGGCGUGCGGUCGCGCGUCCGCGGCGGCGGCGCGCGCGGCGACGUGGACGGUCGCGAAAGACGCGUGGAACGACGAAGACGUCGGCGCGAGCGUCCUCGGCGAGCGCAAAGACGAAGAAGACGCGAAGCGCGGCGACGCGCCGCUGAGCAAGCACACGGCCAGGGCGCUGAGUAAGAAUGGCGACGCCGCGGCGGCGGUUCUGCCGGCGUUGACGCGACGCGCGCUCCUCGCGAUGCUCGACGCGACGUGCGCGCGGAAGGGAAAUGAUCACGGAAACGGCCGCGAGCGGCGCGUUUUAAAAGAAGUUUUCCUCGCCAUGGCCGCCGCGGACGACGAGUCCGGCGAAGGAAGGUUUAAGACGCACUUCGACGCGCUGUUACGCGCGAGCGAGAGGUCCGGGGUGUCGUCGACGACGUUUCUCGCCGCGCGCGCGUCGGAAAAUCCCGAGGGCGGCGGCGGCGGCGGCGGCGGCGGCGGCGAGACGUCCACCGGGUCGAUCGCCGCGGGACCUCAGGUCGCGCUCACGCUUCUGAAGAACGCGGACGCGAAGGACGCGGACGCGUCCAGGAGCGGGUCGCUCCUCGCGACGCUCAUCGUGGCGUGCGCGGCGACGGAGCCGAGGGUUCGCGCCGCCGCGGCGGCGGCGAUUGCCGCGCUGGCGCCGGGGAAAAAGAGCGUCAAGAAAUCGUCCCCGUCCGCGGGCGUCGUCGCGCUGUGGAGCUCGCUCAAGGACGCGGCCGGGGACAUCGGCAGCGUGGCGAAGAGCGUGGACGCGCGCGAGGUCCUCGUGGACGCGAUCGCGCGCGGUUUGGACGUGAAGCAGACCGGCUCGAGCGAGAGCACGAACGACGCGAUUGGCGAAAUUCUCGCCCCCGUCGCCGCCAUCGGCGGCGGCGGGAAAGCGAAAGAGUCCUACAUCCUCGCGCGCCUCCACGACGACGACGACGACGACGACGGGAGUUCGGAGGUGCGAGUGGACGCGUACGGCGCGCGCGUGCUCGUCGCGGUCCUCGCCGGCGUCGGCGACGACGCCGUGAAAGCGGCCGCGCUCGCGCCGGCGUUGCGUCGAUGCCUCCUUCUCGGCGGCGGCGACGGCGGCGGCGACCUCGCCGCGCUCGCGGUCAAUCUCCUCGAGGUCUACACCCCCGCGUUCGCGAAAGCGGCGAAGAACACGCGAGACGCGUCGUGGACGGCGUACGCCGACGCGCUGAGGCCGCCGUCGCCCGCGCCCGCGAGGGUCGCCGCGAUGUGCGUCGCGACGCCGGCGUUCGUCGACGCGUUGCCGGCGGCGGCGAGGGGCGAGUGCCUCGGCGCGCUGUUCGCCGCGGUCGGGGGAGAUCCGGACGCGGGCGCGCGCGCGGCGGCGCGGGACGCGGUCGACGCGCUCAAGGUGAGCGCCGCGGACGUGAUUGAGAUGUUGCAGACCGCGACCGCGGCGGCGAAGGCGCUCGUCUCCGGCGGCGGCGGCGGCGGCGGCGACGACGGCGAAGGCAAAAAAUCCAAACGCGCGAAGGGCGCCGCGCGCGCCUCCGGCGACGCGCCCGCCGCGAGCGCGUCCGACGCCGUCUCCGCCGCGAUCGCCGCGCUCGAGGUCGUCGCGUGGAAGUCCCCGAAAGACAUCGAACGCCGCGGCGACAUCGCGGGGCCGUGCAUGGAUCUUCUCUCCGCGCUUCUCGACGCCGCGGCGUUCGCGAAACGAACGCCCGCCGCCGCCGCGAACGACGACGGCGACGACGACGACGACGACACCGCGCGCCCCGCGAAGGGCAUCGCCGCCGGGGAAGCCUCCGGCGGGUACGCGCAAGCGCUCGUGAUGUCUACGCUCGAGACGCUCGCGAACGAGCAGCGCGUCGGACGCGGCGGCGACGCCGCGGAGACGUCUUCUACGACCGCGUGGUCCUACGCGCUCGUCGUCCGCGCGGUGCGAGACGCCGAGCCGGGCCCCGCGCGCGAGGCUGCGCUCUCUCUCCUCGCCGCGGUCGCGCGCUCGGACCCGGCCGGCGCGGUCGACCACGUCCUCGAAGUCUCCUCCG